CCUAAACCUAAUCCUAACCCCGAACCAAACCUAACCUGACCCCUAACCCUAAAAUAGCCUUUUUCAUUGUUGGGACUUGCGAAAUGUCUCCAGAAGGUCACAACGAGGAUAGUAAAAUCCAAAACACUGAAGCUGCUCUUGCCCCCCCAGUGAAUGACCUGAAGAACGCAGUGCCGUGUGUAGCCAACUGCAUGUUGUUUGACCCCAGUGAUGAGGUGAUGAAGAACAACGUGGUUUAUAACCAGUACCACAGAGACAAGUACGAACUCGGUGACAAAGACUUCCUACCUAGAUCGGAUGCGGUACGGUUCUUCAACCAGACCACCAUGCAGCUACAGAUGCUGGAGUUGUCUCCAGACAACGCCUAGCGAGUGAUGAGGUGUGUGUGUUUGAGAGAGAGAGAGUGUGUCGCUACUAUCACUGUUGUUGGUUCUUAGCACGACAUCUGUCCAGCAGGGCUCUCUAUGUAAUGUUUCUGUAAACUAGGGAGAAACCCCAGAU